ACAGUCUCGAAAUGUAUAAACUGACAAAAACAAUCACAGAGAUCUUUUUACCCAGCUGGGCCCAGGGGUAAUACCGUGCCAAAUCGUGGGUGAUUGUAUAUAAUUUAUAUGGAAAAUCCUAGCUUAGCAUUAGCAAGAUUUUGGGACAAUGAAUUUUGGGUCAAUUAUGCACCUCUAUUUUAAACACCCUUUACCAGAAAAGUUGUAUUCAUUUGGAUGAUGUUAGUUCAAUUGCAUGCUUACAUUAAAUGAGUAAAAGCAUUUGAAUUUUGUAUUUCUUGCUUUGUAUAUGCAAACAACCAUGCAAAAAUAGCAAAUUCAUUGUCAAUCAAUCAAUAAUUUUUAUUUUGUGUGUGUUGGUGUUAUGUGUACUCAGGUGGAUAUAUGAUGUUUGUGAUGUUACUGUGAGUGUGCACCCACACCGGGCAAGCUGAAAAUUUAACUUGGCCACAGUGGGAAUCGAACCUGUGACCGUGGCCAAGCUAACUUUUCAGCUUACCCAGUGUGGAUUCACACUCAGUGAGAGUAACAUCACAAACAUUAUAUAUUCACCUGAGUACAUGACACCAACACACACAAAAUAAUCGUAUCAUUGAAUAACACUGUACACUGAUAUCGAAGGAACUAGACUCAGUUCCAAAAUAUGUAGCUCAGUUGGCAGAGCAUUGGACUAGUAUUCCAAAGGCCGCAGGUUCGAUUCCCACCGUGGCCAAACUUUUCAGCUUGCCCGGUGUGGAUGUACACUCAGAGUAACAUCACAAACAUCAAUCAAUAAUUUGCUGCUGUUAAAUAUCAACCUUAUAUAUAUUUUUCUUACUAGGGAUUGUCAUUAAUUUAUGGAUUUAACAAAAGCUUCCCAGGAGAAGGCAAGUUGUCUAAACAAGUGGUAUUAUAUGUAAUCAAUAAUGGCAUUCUAAGAACUUCAUGGUCUAUUUGGAAAAUGUUAUUCUUUUGCUGGAGAGCAUUUUUGUGAAUUACCAAACCAUGCAAGGGAUGGAGUUGCCGACUUGUGGUAUACAGCUUGUUUUGUACUAAAUUUUUACUAAUUCACUUGCUUGACAUGUUUGAUUGAGCAGUGACACUACAUACAUUUAAUACAUGCAGUAUAUUUUACUUGUAAAUAUUCUACAUUGAACAGAAUAUUAACCCUUUAAGUGGCAAUUUGCUUUACUUUUUUAUUUUUUCUGUCUAAUGUGGUCAGACAAUUUUUGCUCAUUAAGGAGAGAGUGCUGCCACUUAAUGGGUUAAAGCUUUUCUGUAAAUGUAAAUUUUUUGAACGAUAACUAUGUAAUAGCCUUUACUGGGCUGAGAAUGGAACCUGCUGCCCUACAGGUGAUUCUGAUCAGCUUUUCAACCGUCAAGGGUCCUGAAGCCCUAAGAGUCCAUCGCCCUGAGAGUCAAUCAAGCUCUACUGUAACCAAGAGUUCAUGUAUAUAAUACUAGUGUCAUCCUGGGCAGUUUAUUUAAUACACUACCAAUGACACCACCAUGGUAUAUACUAUAUAUACAGCAACUUGUGGUUACCUCUUGGCAAAAGGGCUCUUUAAGUCAGAGGGCUGCGGUAGAAUUGCAGGGCUACAGGUUCAAUUCAUGCUGACAGGCUUGUAAUUGUAUUCCACAUGUAUUCAUGAUAUCAUUCUAAUCAAUUUAGAACUUCAUUAAAAUAUUAUAGGGCGUAAGAGUAUAUCAUUAUAUUAUGCUACAGCAAAUUGUAUUUCCUGCUAUAAUAUACCUUACUUGUAGGGAUAAUAAAUUAUUUUGACUCGAAAAAUGUCUUUAUUGAUUUCUAAAGUUAAUUAAAGACUUUUCUUUACUCCGAUAUAUAGAAGUCAUUUUGUCUCCAAAGGAGUCGAAUUGACUCCAAAAGUGGAGUAAAUAAAAAAGGUACAGAACGACUCCUUUUUUGGAGUAAAUUUUACUCCUUUAUUUACUCCAUUUUUGGUGUAAAUUUUACUCCUUUAGUAGAGUUGUUUUUACUCUUUGAGGAGUAAAAACAACUCUACUUAUGGAGUAAAAUUUACACCAAAAAUGGAGUAAAUAAAGGAGUAAAAUUUACUCCAAAAAAGGAGUCGUUCUGUACCUUUUUUAUUUACUCCACUUUUGGAGUCAAUUUGACUCCUCGAAAUUAACAGUGUAGCUUGCAGUCGGAAAAUAUUAAUCAAAUUUGCGUUUUAAACUAAUUACUUUAGUCGUUUAAACCGAAUGUACAUACAUACAACUAGCAUAACUUGCAACUGUAUAGUCAGAAUUAACAAAGAAUAGACUUAAUUUAAUUAACCACGCUUUUUAAGUUAAUUUGAAAUUAUAUAGCCCUUCAUAAAUACCAAAAAUGAAAAUAGCCUGUCAGAAUUAACAGAAGUACAAAAAAUUUUUGAGACUCCAUUUUAAAAACUGUGGCACUAAUGUUGUUUCUAAAAACAGAAAUGCAAUAUAGGUAUGCCCGUCAGGGGCCGGCCGUUCAAAAGCCGAUUAGCUUAAUCCUAGGUUAACUUGAAAUUCAAAGGAAACUCCCUAAUAGCUUGUUUAUAAAUUUGGAAAUAUUUCUUCACAAAUCAUGUUUGGAUCAAUAGAAGUUUUCUUUUCUGACAUUUUGAAAUAAAUGGACAUGCAGAAAUAUGCAAACUAAAACAGUGGGUUAAAUUUUAAACCUGGAUUAGCGCUAAUCCACAUUUGAACAACCGGCCCCAGCAAUAUAUUCUAUGCAAAUCACAUAUAUGUUCUGAUAAAGUUUCGUCUUUCGAAGUUCUCAUGGCUUACAGGGCUCAUUGAUUUUCCCAAGCAAUACAAUCACAAUAAUUCUGAUGAAUUUACUCUGUACAAGUUGUAGCUGAGUUGACUCAAGUCAUUUAUGGCAAAAACAGCAAGUCGAGUCCGAGUCAUUUGGGGCUGUUUACUCGAGUGGAGUCACUGAAAAUAGUGACUCGAGUUGACUCAAGUCCAAGUCAAUGACUCAACUCGUUACAACACUGGCAUAAACCCAUAAAAAGUUAUUAAUUCCCUCUCAUAAAAACAGAAAUUGAGUUGUACAAUAAGUUGUGAAUGUUAUCAAACAAACAUAUCAUAUAUAUUAUAUAGCUAUUUAACAGUUAUUCUACGAACUCGAGUCGAAUAGCGCCGAAUCGGCUAUCGCUCAUAUUCGAUGAGAGUGAGUGGAAUAACUGUUUUAUUAUAUACACCAGGUCUAUAUUCACAGACUUUGCUUUUCGAAUAUUUUCAAUAUUUUUCUAUUUUGUUUAUGUUUUUAUCUUCGCUCUUUCAGCCGAUUAUUUUUUCAAAAAUAUAUAUUUUUAACCAUUUUAAAUAUUAAAAAUUUAUUUGCUAACCAGAAUACCUCAUAUCCAGACCUUGUGUAUAUAAUAAUAGUAUAUACCUAUUAUAUAAUGGUAAAUAUUCACAUUUUUCUAUUAAAAGUUCGUGUUUGUAAAUUAAAGACGGGUUACAGUCCGUGCUGCGCAUGUGCGAUUUUUUUGUUUUGGUAGACUACUUAUCUCUCGUUUCCAUGGUUUCCAGUUCGAUUGCGUAAUAUACGCGCGAUUCUAUAUUUGUUGAUACAAGGAGUGGGAAUACACAGUUUCGAAGAGAUUUUCAACGAUUUGUGACUUUUAUGAAGUGAAAUCCGAUUAAUAACAAAUCAUUGAAACAAUAUGAGAAGAAAGAAUAUUACGCCAACAAGGAUGCCUUUAAAUUGUGUUUAUUUGAAAUUCAGUCAAGCGCAUCGCCAUGUCGAAGUUUAUAUACUGUCAUAUAAAGGUAAAUAUUUGUUUUACAUUUGAUUAUUUUGUUCUCCAGAGUCGAGACUGGAUCUCUAAUUCGCUGUGAAAUUGUGACAAUUUUUAAGCUAGGGCAAUUUUAUUCAUUUACUGUCUGAGAAAAGAUGGGAUCUCUGAGUUUAUAAUUCAACUUGUUCGAGACAUGUAUUAUUGAUGUAUAUUUGUAGUACUUCACCUCGGCUCAGUACUAUAGCUUGAUUCAGUCAAGAAUAAAACUGAUUUCAUCUUUAUAUGGCGAGCUGUUAUCAAAAUGCUACUGGGAUUGAGUUAUUGGAUGAUUAUUGUUUUGUAAUUCAUAAAUCAGGCAUCUCCAGAUGAACUUUCUUGUAGCAGAAUAUAUUGAAUUUUUCUACACGACAUGAUUGAACAUACUGAAUAAAAUUUCUAUUAUGCUGUACUAUAAUAGGUUUAUACCUUGAGCUCAUGGAAACAUUACAGAUUGUACAACACUAACAUCGAAUAAACAUUGUGAUGAGUGUGGGGAUGUGGUUAUAACAACCAUAUAGUGGUUAACCAAUCAGAAACAAAUUUAAAGAGAGGAAUAAAUAUAGAAGAAACAAUACAGAUUGGAUGCUGAUGAAACAAAGAUGGAAGAAUGUACUGCCUUAUAAUAACAAUUCACAUUACAUAAGAGCACAAGUAUUGUUUAUGAGUUAGAAUAAUUUGAUUGAGUUGAGAAUAGUUUGAUUGACUUGGGAAUAUUAUCCAGUGCUGGUUGAGAGUCAGAAAAUUAUGUCCUUACAGUGCAUCUACUGUAAGUGGGGCCACUUAGAGAACACUAACCAAUCGCAUUGCAGAACAGAAAGAAAAAUCUAAUCAAACUAAAGCUCGUCCAAUCAAAGGAAAGAUUCAGGAAGCCAUUAACUGCAGUGUUUACUUUUACAAGUCUAUUUCUACCGUUUGACAUUCGUUUAUUUGUUCAAAUUGUUUUUGGCCUAAUGCUGAUUGGCUAAUGCACCGUUUGUUGAUUUUUUCAAUUUCUGUUCUUCAAUGUGAUUGGUUAGUGUUCUGUAAGUGGCCCCACUUACUGUAGACGCACUGUAAAUAGCCACCUAUAAAAUGUUUUCUAGUUCUAUUUCCUGUAGCUACUUUAUGUAUUUCAUUAUCUUUUUGUAUGGAUAUAUGAUAACUGAUUUCAAGCACCAUGUUUCAUGCCAUGUGAACAAAAAUGUAGUAUAGCAGUUUUAACAUUCUGGCUAAAAUAGUUAUCUGGCCAACAUUGAGAUAUAAAUACUGAUAGUUUUGGUGGAGAUAACAUUACCAUCAUGUAACAUAGUCAGGGGAAAAAUUCUCUAAUCCUUACAUCUGCUUUGUUUUGGGAGUUUCAUUAGAUGUUUAACAAUGAAUGAUAUUACAUGUAUUGCAUUUUAUUAUAUUAUAUUGUAGUAAAGUAUGAACAUCUGAUCAUUAGUGUGGUAUAAAGCAAUAUGCUAUAAUAUGGAAUUUUUUACAACAACUAGGUAUAACAGUAAUAACACUUUUGUCUGGGUGGCUAAUUGAUGCCAUGCAACAGAUAUUGCCAAGAUGUGGUUCACACCAGCAACUUUCUACAAGAUUUGUAUUGUCAGUAACUAUUGUUCACACUAGCAACUUUCUUCAGGACUGUGAUGAUGUUUUUCAAAAUAAAUGUCACAACUGAAAAUACAGUUACUAUUGUAUUUUCAUCAAUGUUCCUACAUGUACCAUGAGAAGAAAUUUGCGAAGAAAAUUGCUAGUGCAAUUAAGGGUUCAUGGCAAUGUUUAGAACAUCUGACUCAAAACAAUUUCUUGGAACAACAGUAUUCUACAUAUACAAUGUUAUCUUGAUCUAACAGAGCACAUAUAUUUUCUUCCUGUCGGCAUGGGGAACACAAUAUUUACAGUUGCAGUAGUCCAGAUUUUGGUGGGUGUAGCCAUGAAUAUGGUGGUGGUGAUCUGCAAAUUGUCCUCAAUUUUUCCAUGAAUGAGAACCUACAGUAUCUGAGUAUCAAUGUUUCCAAAAAAAAGAUUUACAUGGGGUAUAUACCCUUUAUAAAGAUUACACUAUGCAUUUUUUGAAGGUUCACAAACAAUCAUGCCAUGUCAUUCAACAUAGUACAUUUUUGUCCAGUGCAGUAGUGAUAUUAAUUUUAAUAUGCAAUCACACAAAAGUGCUAUAAAAUAUAUAACAAUAUGAUUGAAUGUAUGGUCAACAGGACUGGUCCCAUGUGAAAACCAACAUACAGUACAAUCAUGUCCGGUGUAAAAAAAUAUAUGCUGCUACCAAAAAGUUCAUCUGGAGAUGCCUGAUUAUGAAUUACAAAACAAUAAUCAUCCAAUAACUCAAUCCCAGUAGCAUUUUGAUAACAGCUCACCAUAUAAAGAUGAAAUCAAUUUUAUCCUUGACUGAAUCUUAAUCUAGUACUGAGCCUGAGGUGAUUAAAUUAGAUUUCAAGUACUAUAAAUAGUCUAUACAUGUCUUGAACAAGUUGAACUAUAAAACUCAGAGAUCCCAUAUUUUCUAAGACAGUAAAUGAAUGUAAUUGCCCUAGCUUAAAAAUUGUCACAAAUUCACAGCGAAUUAGAGAUCCAGUCUCGACUCAGGAGAACGAAAUAAUCAAAUGUAUAACAUACAUGGCAAACAUAUAACGACAUGGCGAAGCGCUUGACUGAAUUUCAAAUAAACACACUUUAAAGGCAUCUUUGUUGGCGUAAUAUUCUUUCCUUCGUCUCAUAUUGUUUCAAUGAUUUGUUAUUAAUCGGAUUUCACUUCAUAAAAGUCACAAAUCGUUGAAAAUCUCUUCGAAACUGUGUAUUCCCACUCCUUGUAUCAACAAAUAUAGAAUCGCGCGUAUAUUAUGCAAUCGAACUAGAAACCAUGGAAACGAAGAUAAGUAGUCUACCAAAACAAAAAGAAUCGCACAUGCGCAGCACAGACUGUAACCCGUCUUUAAUAUAUACCGUAAUUCAUUUUAUAAGAGACAUAGGCCUAUUAAAAUCCUGCAACUAAACAUUGAUAUACAUAUACAUAUAUAUAUAUAUAUAUAUAUAUAUAUAUAUAUAUAUAUUAGAAUUAAAUAUUUUAGUAUUUUGAAUCAAUUUAAUUUAAAUAAAACUGAUUGAAACUAGCUAGCUACAAUCAGUGACAAAAGGUUUUAUAAUAUAUACAUAUCUCCGCAUUUCCAAAUACUGUUCAGCAUAAAGCCACUAUCCCUCCCUCCCCCACCCUAAACAAUGUUGGGUGGCUGGCAAGGAACAUUUUGCACAGGUAUUUCCACACACAACAUUGAACGGGGGGUGCGGGGGGUUGAUUAUGUGGAAAAGUAUGCUGUUUAGCUAUUUUGUCCAAAGUGUUUUGUCACUGAUUAUAGUAUAUAUUAUAAAUACAGUAUUAACACAUUGGUCUUGAUGUCGAUUUCGUGUCCGUAAAAUGAAGUGUAUUUUAAGGUAUAUAUAGAGAUGAAAAAUUGCCAUAAGAAACAAAACUGAAUAAUUCAAUUUCCUACUUUUGAAAAUUUUCAGCAAACAAAUUCAAAAAGAUGAUUUUGUGUGUCAAAUACAAACCAUCACUCUCUAGACAGUCACCAUGUUAGACAUCAAAUGAAAUUCUGCCGGUAACGCGAUUAGUUCCAGGUAACAUAGAGGAAUUUUAUUUGAGGGGGAACAGAGACAGGGUAACACAAAUCACUGUGGCACGUGCUCUCGAGCUGAGCGGACGUGUAUUUUCUCGAGCAGAAUUUUAUUGUGAAUUUGCUCGAAUUUUGUUUUAAAUUAUACAUAUAUCUUAUAACAACUAAUACUGAUGACUAGACUUGAGUCUUUACAAAAAGAAAAUCAAGCACCCCGAAGUGAGAUUGCUGAAUUAAAAGAGAGUCUACAAAAAAUAUCUAAAGAUUUAUCCUCGAAGACGAAGAGCCAAAAUGGCCGACAAAAUGAUAAGAAAGAAUUGUCGCCAGAUAGAGCUAAUUCAGUUGAGUUUAUGUCUAACAAAUAUGACGAGCUCUAUUCGUUCAAAAAGGAAGCUAAUAAGCAGAUUCAAGAUCUUACUGCUAAAGUAAAUAAGAUAUCGGAAAAAUGUGAACGUAUUGCGAAAUUUAUUGAAGAAUCGGAAGCUUAUAGCUAUCAGUACAACAUCAAGAUUGUUGGUGUCCCAGCAGUAGCUGAGAGGGAAACUGCUCAACAGACUGCCGAUCUAUGUAUUAAAUUAUUCACUGCACUGGGAGUUGAAGAUGUUUCGAUAAGUGACAUUGAUACCGCACAUCGGGUGCCAUCACGUUUGGCAUCAAGUACACCAAAGGCUAUAAUAUGCAAGUUUGUGAGACGACUCGCUAAAGACAAGGUCAUGGCUGCCAGAAGAGCUGUAGGUAACUUGAAUGCGGAACAGCUACAGUUAGAAAGCAGUGCAAAUGUAAAUCAUAUUAGUUUAUAUGACCAUCUAACCCCGAGAAUCCAAGAGCUAUUGUACAAAAGCAAACAGAUCAAAGCUGCCAAGAACUAUAAAUAUUGCUGGGCGAAGAAUGGCUUCGUGUACCUGCGAAAGACAGAUAAUUCACCAGCGAUAAAAUUGAAAGACUUAGAAGACCUAGACGAAAUAGCAACGUCAAACUAGAUAA